AUGGCAGGGCACAAAUGGGAGGAUUUCAAUGUGCUGACCCUAGAUGGUGGUGGUGUACGAGGCUUGUCUACAUGCAUCAUCCUUCAAGUCUUGAUGCAGCUUGUGAAUGAAGCCGUUGACCCAGCCUGCCAUAACGACAUCCCUCUGGUACCUAAGGAUAUAUUCGACCUCGUUGUCGGCACUAGCACUGGCGGACUGAUCGCCUUGAUGCUGGUCAAGUUCGGAUACGAUGUCUCCCAAUGCAUCGAACUCUACAAACUACUCUCCCAACAGAUCUUUGGAUACACCCAAUUCUGGGGUACCAUGACUUUAGGUCUCCGCUGGCCCAAGUACUCUGGUAACCAGAUGAGAAAAGUUAUCGUGGACGAAGUAAUCAUGAAGGCUCCGAACGUGCAGCAUCAUGAUGCUGAGUAUGAGCUGGAAAACAUUUUGACUCAUCAGGACUUUUGCUGUGCGGUCGUUUGCCACGACGAGAACAGUGGCGACCCCGUCUUCUUGUGCAGUCAUCGAGAUGAGCUUGAUACAGCCCAAAUGUGCGAUCACAAAUGCCGCCACCAUCGCCAGCCGGAAAUGCGGGUCAAGGUCGCCGACGCAGCUCGUGCUACCUCUGCCGCACCAACAUAUUUCGAUAGUAUCAAACUCAUAGGGAAAGUCCUCAUUGACGGUGGAUUUGGUCUAACUAACAAUCCCUCGAAAGCCACAUGGGACCAUUACUUCCAGAAAAACCACAAGAUAUAUGGGAACAUUCAAUUCGUCAAUAUUGGUACCGGCUCAAAACCAAGGGGCUGGAAGGAGCCUGCGCCUUCUCCGAGCUGGAGACACAGAUUCAGGUCUACUUUAAUUCGAAACUUCAAAACUCUGUUUGCCAGGCUGCAGGAACUAGCGACAGAGUCGGACAACGUUGGCGGUACCAUGAAGUCAAUGGCGCUACUCGGGCCAAUGCUCACUUUUGACCGAUUCAGCGCUGACACGGGCAACAUUCACUCAAUACAACUCUUUGAAUUCGAGCGCAAUCAAGAAAUCGAGAACGCAACGCGAGAUUACAUCGAGACUGGCGAGAUUGAGAAUACAGACGGAACAACGACCAAAGUCAGAGACGCGCUCCAGAAUACAGCACGUCGACUAGCCGAAACAUACAUGAAACGCGUGGAGGAUGGAAGACGAAUCAGGCCCGUGGCCGCAUCUUCUCAACCAGAGAUACCAAUACUCAGCUCCGAUCUGGAAGAACGUCUCCUCGAUCCCACGAGUCGUGACUCGCUGGAAGCUACCACGCACCUGACACCGCCAGAAAACACACGUGAACCGUCACCGUCGCCGUCAUUAUCACCAUCAUCACAACCGCCAUCGUCACCUCCCUCACAGCCACUGGACAAACCACAAAACAAUUUGACUUCGUCGACUUUUAGCGGAGUUGCAAUGCAUUUCAACAUACAUGAUGAACCAUCACCACAGCCACCGGCCGCACCGCCAACAGCUGCGGCACGAUGA